CGGAGCGGGGCAGGGUCUGGGUGGGCGCUGGCCGGGGGGUAGUAGUGAGCCCCACCGCGGAAGUAAAUGGCCGAAAGACUCAGCGCCUCGGGUGGACCAUGCUGGUGGUCGCCUUGGAACCCCGCCUGCUCCCGGGAGGCUGGAGGGAAACGACGCUGACCCCCUGGGGGAAGGGAAGGUGUCGGGGAUAAAGAGCGGACAGCUGGGACGCAGUAGCAAACAGCGUCCCUCGCACCAGACAGGCGGAACUUGGGGGAGGGAGCGAUGCCACGGCAGCGUCUAAGCGCCCUGCAAUAGGUGCAGAGGGCCCGUGAAGUGAAGAGCGAGGAGAGUCGACUAAAAAAUAACAUUGGCACUUCUGACUCCGUUUCGCUGCUGCCUCCAUGGAAGCGAUGUUCCAGCAGGACAGGCAGUAGGGGAGGCUUUGGCUUAAUGGUGAAAUGUCUUGUGUAUGACGGUUUACAGGCCGCGUGAAGGGCCCGGAGGAGUGAGCAAAUUCCCACUUCAUGAUAAAGAGAGACUUGAGAAAUGGUUGCGGAAUAUGAAGCGAGAUUCGUGGACUCCAAGUAAGCACCAGCUCCUCUGCAGUGAUCAUUUUACCCCCGAUUCCCUGGAUGUGCGGUGGGGGAUACGGUACUUGAAAAAUACCGCUGUGCCAACUAUUUUCUCUUCCUCAGAUGAUGAGGAAAAAGAUUCUUCUCAGAACAGUUCACAGCAGGUACAGAAAAAAGACCAGGAAGAAACAAACGUUGUGUCAGAGAAAGUAUCUGUACCACUUGAACCUUGUACACCAAAGAAAAAUUCUGUAAUUGCACGAAAUGUAGAGGAAAAAGCAGAAGUGGUUUACUCAACUGCACUGAGUGAACCUUUACAAAUUCAAAACCUGCAGCUUCCAUAUGAAGGUGGCUUUCAGGCAGACAGUGUCAUUGUUGAUAGUUCAUCUAAGCAGUACAUGCAUCCGCCUAAUCCUAUUCUAAUGACAGCAGCAGUCCAGAGCGUGAAGGCUACCAGUGUUCAUACUUCUACAGAGGAUUCAGGAGGUUGUACAGCUACAGUCCUGCAAUUUACAGACCCUGAGUACUUGAAUUCAUCUCUGAAACUGAACAGUGCUUUAGGGUCGGUUACUGACUAUGCAGUUGAAAAUUCUGUCCCUCAUGUGGUCUGUUCUGGUGAAGUGCAGACAAGUGAAGAUGCGGUUUUACUGAGUACAGUCACACAAACUAUUGAACAGUUCAGUGGAAGUGAAGAGUCUGUCAUUGCUAUUAUAAUGCCAGCUGAGAGUCCAGAAGAGCCUGGAAGAGUAAAUACUUCUUUUCUGCCCGUUAAGGAAGAGUUUCUUGACAUAGAGGAGACAGAAGUGAUUGAACGUGAUGGAAAUGAAAUACUGCAGACUGAACAUUCAUACUGCAGACAAGACAUAGACAGAGAUCACCUUUGGCAAAAAAUUUCAAAACUCCACUCUAAGAUAACUUUACUUGAAAUGCAAGAGGUAAAAACUUUGGGGAGACUCAGGUCGUUGGAAGCUCUUAUUAGACAACUGAAGCAAGAAAACUUGCUUUCUGAAGAAAAGCUCAAGUUGGUAGAAAACUACUUUACAACACUUGAAGUGACUAUGAUACAGUAAAGGCUUUCAGUUGGUGGUUCUCAAAUAUCUUUUUAAUCUCUUUGACUGUACUUUUGGACAAAUUAACUUUUUUUCCAGUUGUGGUGUUUUAAACAUCUAAUGAAAAUCAUGUGAAUAGCAUUCUUUAAAAUGUAACAUCAAACAAAGCUAAGUGGUAGAAUGUUGUCUGCAAAACAUGACUGGCAAGUAAAACUUUUUAAAAAACCUGAAUUGGCUAAAUUUUCUUAAAUGUGUGAAUCAAGUCAGUAAAAGAUAAUUUAACCCUUCUUAGCUGCAGGCUUCUCUGAAACAUGCAAUGCCUGCAUUGGGGACAGCAGUAGAAUGGGCAGAAUAAGCAUAUAGGAUGAACAAUUAUAUACGUACAUAUAUGCAUUGUCCAGUGAGGACAAAAUUGCUCUUUAGUUUUCUGCUCAUCUAACAUUUGUUCUGAUAGUUUUUUUGUAUGCUUUGAUCUUAUUAAAAUUGUUUCUGCAUAAA